AUGAGGGCUGUGUUCCUAGUGCUGCUCCUCUGGGCUGCAGCCUGUGCUCACCCUGUCCCCAGCCAUGAGCCCGCCCACCCCUGCCGCAGCGCCCAGCAGGAGGACACAGCAAGCAAAGAUGACAUCAAUGAGCUGGGUGACCUCCUAGGUGGUGGAGGUGGCAGACACCCUCCUGCCAGUGUGGAGAGGGGGGGCAAAAGCCUUGCUGGGGACCCAGCAAGUAGGAACACUGUGGGCAAGGAGCUGGGCAAGCUUGACAGCCGAGACGAGGGAGGCAGAGCUUGGGAGGCUCAGCACCUGAAUUGGGUGGACCAUGAAGACACAAAUGCCUGGGAUGGGAACAGCCUUGGUUUCCUGGAGGAGGAUGCACAUGAUGCUGAUGAUGGUAACAACAGAGAGCACCACAGCACUGGAGGCAAUGGGCUUCCCUCUCAUGCCGACGGGCUCCUGGAUGAGGAGGAUGACAGUGGAGAUGACACCUUCGACGAAAAUGGGGAGGCAGAGGGUAGUGAAGGUCCUACUUACGAUGCUGGGGCUGGCCGAGGGCACGAUAGCAGCAGCAGCAGCAGCAGCGAGAGCAUGGGUGCAGACCACCGGCAGUACAGGAACUACCAUGGUAGCUGGUAUGAGCGGACCUACAGGCGGGGAGGGGGCAGCAGCAGCAGCAGCCAGGAGGAGAGCUACGACUUCGAUGACAAAGCCAUGCAGGGCGAUGACCCCUCUGUCUUUGACAGCCCGCACAACAGCUACAAGAGUCGCCAUGCUGGCUCCCAUGCCCGAGGGAGCAGCUGGGAGAGCAGCCGGGGGGGCAGCUCCCACCACUGGGAGGAUGGUGACAGCAGCCAGUCAGAGGAAAACAGCACCAGCCGCUCCGGGGAGGAUGGGGAAGGGGAGGACAGUCGCUCCAAGGAGGACGAGGACAGCAAGUUCAGGAAAGGUACCACUGACCAGUCGGAUGAAGAUCUGAGGGAGUCCCUGGGGGACAUGUCCCAGGAGGUGGUGAGCACAUCAAGUGAGCGCAGUGGCAGCCAGUCCCAGGAAGGGCAGGAGGACUGGGAGUCUGUCGAGGACAGGAGCGCACCCUCUGCGCCCAAAAGUGAGUCUGGGGAAGAUGAGGGUGAUCAGAGUGAGUCUGGGGAAGAUGAUGGUGACCAGAGCCAGUCCACAGAGGACACUGUGAAAGAGUCAAGGGAGGAUGGGAACGACUCUGCCUCUGAUGAGGACAUGCUGAGCACAUCAGCUGAGAGCCAAAGUGCAUCCCCUGAGGACACCGACAGCCAAGAGGAUGAUGCAGGCGAGGACAGUAGGUCCAUGGAGAGCAACAAUAGUGAGUCCCAGGAGGAUGGUGAUGAUGACGACGAGGAGAGCCACUCCCAGGAGGAUGCCACCCGUGAGUCCAGCAGCCACAGGGAUGACAGCUCGCUGCAGAGUCUGGAGAGUGGGAGCCGCAAGCGGCGGCCAGGUGCCUACCGCAACAAGCCUGCUGUUGACUACGAUGACAAUGACUGCCAGGAUGCGUACUGA